GACCCAGCGGGCUGUCGGUGGCGGAGGUUCCUGCAGCGGUUGCCGGCUUUGGGCUGGGGAGCUACCCUACGCUCCUCAGACCUGACCCUUUCGGCGUUCUGCUCUCUCGCUCGCUACCUCGCUCCUUGGCGCCAUGACCACCACCACCACCUUCAAGGGCGUCGACCCCAACAGCAGGAAUAGCUCCCGGGUUUUGCGGCCUCCAGGUGGCGGAUCCAAUUUUUCAUUAGGUUUUGAUGAACCAACAGAACAACCUGUGAGGAGGAACAAAAUGGCCUCUAGCAUCUUCGGGACACCUGAGGACAAUCCCCCUUCCUGGGCCAAGUCGGCAGUCUGUUCUGAUUCAGGUGCCAAGUCUAGCGGUGGCAGGGAAGAUUCUGAGUCAUCUGGACCCCAGAGAAGGAACUCUUCUGAAGCAAACUCUGGAGACUUCUUAGAGCUGAAGGGAGAAGGUGACAUUCACGAAAACGUGGACAUGGACUUGCAGGCCAGCCUGGGGCAGAGCGAGGAAAAGCCCGUGCCCGCCGCCCCUGUGCCCAGCCCGGUGGCACCGGCCCCCGUGCCGUCCCGGAGAAACCCCCCUGGCGGCAAGUCCAGCCUCGUCCUGGGUUAGCUCCGUCUGCCCAGAACGCUGUCGUUUUGUUUCUUUGUUUUCUCCAUGCUUGUGAACUGCACAACUUGAGCCUGACUGUACAUCUUUUGGAUUUGUUUCAUUAAAAAAGAAGCACUUUAUGUACUGCUGUCUUUUUUUUUGUUUGUUUUUUGGAAGAACAGGUUCUCUGUCUGUCCUGAUUCCUCUGGGUCCGUAGGCCAUGGCAUGAGUGUUUUCUAGUAGUAGACUGGAGGGAAAGCUUUGUGACACUUAGUACCGUGUUUUUAAGAACAAACAAUUGGGUUUCAAAUGUGUUAGAGGAUCUUUUGUACUGAGGUUUUAAAAACCCUUUUCUUGUCAGCUUUACUUGGGUUGACCAAGCCUGGAUUGGACAGACCAGUAAACAGUCCCCAAGCGCUGUCCCUUCAGGCCCCCAAACGAGGUGGUCCUGAUGCCCACCCUACCUGGGGUUGCCCUCUGUGCCAGCGCCCCUUGCGCAAAGCCUCUUCCUGUGCCAUAUGGAGCGAUAGCGGCCUGCCUCUCAUGCCUUGCUGCCUGCAAAGCAAAAACAAAACAAACAAAAAAAACGAUUGCCUUUUAUUUCUGAACCUUAAGAAAUCUUGAAGCCAGAUACUAACUUGACUGGCUGAGCAGAGCCUGCUGCUCCCAUGCAGAGCAUGGCUCCCGUGUUCACUCAAACUUACGCGUUCCGGGCGGUGAAGCAAGGGCAGGACCAUGCGGAAGGAGGUGGGUCCUCUCAGCAAAAGGACCGCCGCGGGCAGUGCUCUUCUUAGAUACCUUGAAGCUGUGUGCAUGAUGCUGGUGCUUGACCACGAGUCGAAAGUCUCAUCCUUACAAUGUGUGUUGUAUUUCCGAUCCUGGAUUGUUGCUUAAAGUAAACAAUGUACACAUUUUGAAA